AUGUCGGGAUUCGAGAUUGCCGGUGUCGUUCUCGGUUCGUUCCCUCUUCUCUGCGACUCCGCCAAGGAGAUUGCCGGCUUUUUGAGGAAGGCGAAGUCAUGGUGGCAAUUCGAGACAACUUUUGAGACUUUUGUCUCUACUUUAACGACACAGGAGGCUUCUUACACGUUGGUGCUGAAGCGCUUUCUUGAUCCUUUGGAUAUUUCGGACAGCGAGUACAAUAGCCUGCUUCGGAGUCCGCAGUGCGACUUGUGGCACGAACUCCACGUCCAAGAUGGGCUGCGGCAGCGUCUAUCAUCAGAGUACCGAUGGUUUAUGUGGAGCUUGACUGAUCUCAAUCAAGCUGUCCUUGAUUUGCAGGAACUGUUGCCCAUCGGUAAGCUACAUCAUCUGGACUCAUCUAGUCUAGAAAGCGAAGUCUACCGCCUACAGAUGAGCUUCAGCAGUGACAAAGAUCGUCUCCUGGCUCGUGUAACUCAGAUCAACGAUGAUUUACACCAACACUUGGACAGAGCAUCAGGAGUCACGAGGAAAGCCGUAUCCAAACCAAAAGUCUACCUGCAAGAGCGACACAGCCAAGCAGCAACCUUCUACGAAUGCCUGGCACGAUGUUGGCAAUGCGGAUGUUCAAGUUCACAUACAGUCGGAAUCACUGUCCAGCCCGCAGCGUUGAAAUCGAAAACAACGAGACCUGAUGGGUACUUUGACGUUAUCUUCGAGACCGAAAUGAAAAGGCGGCAGCUAAGAAUCCAAGUUGAGGAUAUCUGUGUGGAACCUACACCAUUAUUCUGGCCGCCUCGCUCACCAGGCCCAUAA